AUGAAAAGUUGGAACGGGUUGGAGGAUGCGACGGCGCCGGUCAAGCCUCAACGGACCCCGAUGCGAUGGCGUGCACUGUCUGCGACUUUCGUCACACUCGUGUGCCUCGCAGCAGUGGAUACCAUCUUCCCUGAAUUGAAGAACUGGGAUGUGUCCUCUUUCUUGGACAAAGAGCCUGCGUUGCAUCAUGCUGCUUUUGAGUGGUCCGAGAUCACUCCAAGUGAGCACCUAGAAUUCCACAAAUGCUUUGGCGAAUUCGAAUGCGCAAAAUUAAGCCUGCCAUUGGACUACUUCAACGGAACCCACCCUGAUCAUACCGUUGAUAUCGCCAUCACCAAGCUACCAGCCAGAGUCUCUGUAGAUGAUGCCCGCUAUGGUGGCCCGAUCUUAUUCAACCCUGGCGGUCCGGGUGGUCCGGGUGCAGCAGUUGCGAUCAUGAUAGCACAGGCGCUACAACAGGUCGUGGACUCUAAGGUUGAGACUCUCACUCCAUCCACCGAUGCAAGAUAUUUCGACAUCAUCGGCUUUGACCCUCGGGGAAUCGGUUGGACGGAACCGGCCGCUCGAUGCAUGCCAAAUCGGCCUGCUUCGUGGUCUUGGAAGUUGAGAGAAGAGACUGAAGGCCUAAUCGGAAGCUCAGAUGCAGCUCUUGGUAGACUCUGGUCUAUGCACCAUGCCUUUGGCGCAUCUUGCAAGCUAGCCGAAGAAGAUCAAGAAGGCCCGGAUAUCAAGCAGUACAUGACGACGGCAUUCGUUGCUAGAGACAUGUUGGAGAUCACCGAGAGACAUGCUGAAUAUGUGGCAAAGGAGGUGGUUAAAAAGGCUGCACAGAGGGCUGGCAAGCGUCCGGGGUGUGAUAGCUCCACAUACGUUCCAGGAGAAAGCAAGCUACAAUACUGGGGCUUCUCAUACGGGACGCUACUUGGGUCCACCUUCGCAUCCAUGUUCCCCGAUCGUGUCGGACGUCUUAUCCUCGAUGGAGUCGUCAGCGCGUACGAUUACCAACAUUCAUUAGGGAAUGGAAGUCUCACAGACGUCGAAAAGGCCAUGAACUCCUUCUACACCUUCUGCCAUAACCUUGGUCCCGGCGAGUGUUCCUUGGCCACUGCGAACUCAAGUGUUCUCGACAUAAAAGAGCGUACGCAAAACAUUAUCGCGUCGCUAUACCAUGAUCCGCUUCCCAUUGUUUCGUCAGACGGUCCAGACUUUCUUACUUGGUCCGACCUCAAACUAGUGAUCUUCAGCGCGACCUACCUGCCACGCCUCAUGUUCCAAUCCGUCGCCGACAUCCUAGCUGCCAUCGAACAAGGAGGUGGUUCGGUGACCGACGAGCUCGCUGGCAUGAACCACUACAAUCAUGUCUUUUCCUGCCCUGCCAACGGUACAGAACCACUUGACUUCCUAGAUUACUUUGUGACGACUACGGCCAUACUAUGCGGCGACGGCGUAGACCAGACCCAUCUUACCAGAGACGAAUUCGAGGCGUACUGGGAGAUUCUAGACACUCUGUCGCCGAACUUCGGCUCCUACUGGUCCAUGCUCCUUAUGAGUUGCGCAGCAUGGGAGAUCAAAGCCAGCUACAAGUUUGAGGGUCCCUGGGGUGGUAAUACAUCGCACCCUAUUCUCUUCAUCAGCAACACGGCAGAUCCCGUCACACCUCUUCGCAGCGGACGCUACAUGCAUAGUCUCUUUCCCGACAGUAGUCUUUUGAUCAGCGACCAUGCUGGUCAUUGUUCAAUUUCCGCACCCGAUCUAUGCACUUUGAGCCGUGUGAAUGCAUACUUCCAAACUGGUGAGCUGCCGUCGCCAGGUACUCUUUGUGUACCGCCGCCUAGUCCCUACAGUCUCAACUCGACGGAUCCGGAUAGUCCUUUCUAUGAUCCCUCAUUGGAAAAUGCAAACACCGUCAUAGACCAGGAGGAAGACUCUGAUGGAGUAAGGCUGCUAGGUGCUGGUGAGUGGUUGCAGAGGCGGGCUGCUGUAAGCGGUAUGUUCGGCAUGAACAUGCCUGGUGGUGCAAGGAUGAAGCAAGCUAUUCAAAAGUUCUUGGAAAACUCGCUAUCAGGUUGA